GGCAAGCCCAAACCAAACACGCCCUUAAAUCGUUUCAAUUCAAAAUUGUUACUCAAGCGGUCAAGCCCUUGAAUUUCCCCCAAUUUUCUGCUAUUCGUGCCUCCGUCGAUUGCAAUACCAAACCCAUCAUCAAUUCGAAUUCAAAUCAAGCUACGUACGAACAGCAGGCAUAAGAAUUAUCCUGCGAAAUUAGGUUCUGGAUGCAUUUUUGAAUCCGCCAUGGGGGACCUCGAUCUCGACGCCGCGAGCUGGGUUCUCGAUUUCCUCUUGCGGAAGCCGCUGGCGGAGCGGACGUUGAAUUCGCUCCUCGGCGCGCUGCCGCUCCCGAAGGACGACCCCAAUCUGCAAAAAAUCCUAUUGUUGAAGAAACUCGAGUUCGAGCUUUCGCCGCCUUCGUUUUCCGAAGCUACGCUCGAUUUGCUGGAGCAGGUGGACGGAAUUGAAUGCCGGAGAGGGAAUGAGGCAUCGGACGCCUUAAAAUCGGCGUAUUGCUCUGUGGCGGUGGAUAUUACGCUGAGCCCUCUGAGGCACGGAGACAACGGCAAGUUUAUUCUUUUCGAGACUGUGAAACGGGUUUGGCGGGGGAAAAUUGGGAAGAUUGAGAAGAGUGCACAGAGAGGGGGCCUCGGUUCCGAGCAGCUGUGGGUGUGGAAGGAUGAGAUUGAAGCGGCGGUGUGGGAGGAUAGUGUGUGCCAGAGUGUUUUGAACAAGUUUGAUAGAGAUUCGGCGGAGAAGGCGGUUAGGUUUUAUCUGAAUGAGGAGAAAGAUAAAAUGGGGCCUUCAUUUCUCGAAUCAGUGGCUGCUGGACUGAAGAGUGGGGAGGGUUUGUUCAAAUUUAGGCGAAUUGAAGUGAUUAAGCGAGUGGCGCUUUGUCUCUUAGUGUUGUUAGGGCCGCGAAUGGAAGCAAUGGCAGCGUAGUGAUUAAGCCAGUAGAUGAAGAAGAAACGCUAUCUCCUCGUGUUGAUCGGGCCGCGAAUGGAAGCAAUUGCAGCAAGGAAAUUGUUGGCUAAGCAUCCGUGCUGUGAUGUAAGUAAAUUUGAAAAAUGCCUACGCCUAGUGAAAGAUCCAAACGAAGUUAUUCAAAUGGUCAGACAGAUGAUUAAGUCCAAGACUGCACUAAGUCACAAAUUUUAGAAACUGGAGCAAGCAGUUUCUGCAGAAUUGAUCAGCCAAAACAUGCCCUUGGACUGGUCGGUAACUUUUACAAGAGGGGCUUUGAACCAUCGUAUUAUUCUUAUGAUCGUAUAACAAAAGCAGUUCAUAAAGUUGGGUCAGCUUCAGAGGCAGAACACCCCCUGAUGAAUAAGUCCGUAGUUCCUCUGCCAAGGCCUAUUGAUGAAGCACCCGCUGCAACCUUCUUGCCACUUCGUGGAGUAGAUGGCUUUUCAGUUCAUAUCAUUGGUUUUCCUGAGAGUACUACUUUAGUUUCAGCUUGUGAUAUAUUCGGACAAUUUGGUACUGGAAAAGAAAUUGAACUUCAACUUAGAAUCUACAAGGUUAGGUUCUAAAUAUUAUUUAAUUGAUUGAUGGUUUAACAUAUUUUGCUAUAUUAGUCACUUCAUUUACACUCUUGGGCUCAAUUGGUUGCUGCAACGAAAAUUGCUUUGGUUUGGCUUUGUGAAAUUUGGGGAUGCACCGGCCAUGAAAAAGGCCAUUGAGGCUUCUCCGAUAACUAUUGGUGGGAGCGAAACUAUAGUCGAGAUAAAAAGGUCCAGAAGUUAUUAUGAAAUGCACAAGGGGAAAUUCAAGCUUAAAGAUAAGCUUGUUGGCGUUAGACAUGUGAGAUCUACAACUGGGAAUUCGAGAGGUGCAAAAAUUGUUGACUGUGACGAAGCUGAUGAGGCAGAGCCCUCGGGUAAGAUACAUAGAAGAUCACCACGCAGUGCAGAAACAAAUGAAGCUUGGGAAACCCUUAAAAAGAGUUCGAAGGAGCUCCGAGCAUCUGUUAAGGAUCCCCUUCCUGAUGCAAUCCACAACGGUCUGAGGCAGGAUAAGCGUCAAGAAGUGGCUGAAAACAACUCUAUCACCAUCCAUAACGGGUAUUUUGGGUCCUCCAUUACUUGUUCCAGCCCUUUCUUAACACUCAUCUUGCCACGCAGUGCAGAAACAAAUGAAGCUUGGGAAGCCCUUAAAAAGAGUUCGAAGGAGCUCCGAGCAUCUGUUAAGGAUCCCCUUCCUGAUGCAAUCCACAACGGUCUGAGGCAGGAUAAGCGUCAAGAAGUGGCUGAAAACAACUCUAUCACCAUCCAUAACGGGUAUUUUGGGUCCUCCAUUACUUGUUCCAGCCCUUUCUUAACACUCAUCUUGCCACGCAGUGCAGAAACAAAUGAAGCUUGGGAAGCCCUUAAAAAGAGUUCGAAGGAGCUCCGAGCAUCUGUAAGGAUCCCCUUCCUGAUGCAAUCCACAACGGUCUGA